UCCGUGCGCCUCCUCCCCCCAGUCUCGGCCGCUGCUCCGCCUCUCUCCCCGCGGGCUGUCCCCGCAGUGCUCCGGGACCCGGCGAGCCUUCCGGGCGCGCGUCGCUGCUGGUGGUUGGGGCUGUAGCGAUAAUAAAUGAUAGAGGAUACAAUGACUUUGCUGUCUCUGCUGGGUCGCAUCAUGCGCUACUUCUUGCUGAGACCCGAGACGCUUUUCCUGCUGUGCAUCAGCUUGGCGCUGUGGAGUUACUUCUUCCACACCGACGAGGUGAAGACCAUCGUCAAGUCCAGCCGGGACGCCGUGAAGAUGGUGAAGGGCAAGGUGGCCGAAAUCAUGCAGAACGAUCGGCUCGGUGGGCUUGACGUGCUGGAGGCCGAGUUUUCCAAGACCUGGGAGUUCAAGAGCCACAACGUGGCCGUGUACUCCAUCCAGGGCCGGAGAGACCACAUGGAGGACCGGUUCGAAGUUCUUACGGAUCUGGCCAACAAGACGCACCCGUCCAUCUUCGGGAUCUUCGACGGGCACGGGGGCGAGACUGCAGCUGAAUAUGUAAAAUCUCGACUCCCAGAAGCCCUUAAACAGCAUCUCCAGGACUACGAAAAAGACAAAGAAAACAGUGUAUUGUCCUACCAGACCAUUCUUGAACAGCAGAUUCUAUCAAUUGACCGAGAAAUGCUAGAAAAAUUGACUGUGUCCUAUGACGAAGCAGGCACAACAUGUUUGAUUGCUCUACUAUCAGAUAAAGACCUCACCGUGGCCAACGUGGGUGACUCACGCGGGGUCCUGUGUGACAAAGACGGCAAUGCCAUUCCCUUGUCUCAUGAUCACAAGCCUUACCAACUAAAGGAAAGAAAGAGGAUAAAGAGAGCUGGUGGUUUCAUCAGUUUCAAUGGCUCCUGGAGAGUCCAGGGAAUCCUGGCCAUGUCUCGGUCCCUGGGGGAUUAUCCACUGAAAAAUCUCAACGUGGUCAUCCCAGACCCCGAUAUCCUGACCUUUGACCUGGACAAGCUCCAGCCCGAAUUCAUGAUCUUGGCAUCAGAUGGCCUCUGGGAUGCUUUCAGCAAUGAAGAAGCAGUUCGAUUCAUCAAGGAGCGCUUGGACGAACCUCACUUUGGUGCCAAGAGCAUAGUUUUACAAUCAUUUUACAGAGGCUGCCCUGACAAUAUAACAGUCAUGGUGGUGAAGUUCAGGAAUAGCAGCAAAACAGAAGAGCAGUGAACCCUUCAGGGGUCUCAGCUGCCUUAGAAUAAAGGACUUUUGACACACUGCUUUCUUUUAAUGUAGUGAAAGGUAUGGGAGUUAUAAUUAGGCUCACCCAUCCAGACACAGAAUCCCCCCUCCCUGCUGGUCUUAGGUCUAUAUUCAGUGAUGAACAAAGGGUGUUCUUGGCCAAUGUAGUUGAGAGGCUGGAAAAUGGUUUUCUCAUGUUUUACCAACUCUUUUAUCCAAUGUCCAGAAUAUAUAAAUAGAUAGCUGUGGACUCAUAUAUGAAGUGAACGGCAUAUGUGCCAAGUAGUCUCCCUUUUAAGAUUCUUUUCGAGAUCCCUUCAGGGUCCUCCAGGCAUCGACCUUUGUGUCCUCUCUGUGGAAGAGUGGGCAGGGCAGGAGGAGACAGGGGCUGCAGGAGGCAGGCCACUGUGUCACCUGUGAGUCAGGGGCUGACGUGGCAAUGCCCUCUGCCAAGAGGCAGAGCUAUCCUGAGAAUGCUUGUCCUCUGAGCCCAGGUUUUCUGCUCACAGCAGCCCAGAGUCAGACUAGGAAUGGUUUAUUAUUUGGUGGCUGCUCUCAGAGACUGAGGGAAAUAAGGAGGAUGGGAGAUCAGUGGCAGGCACCUGCACAGCAGAAAUUACCCUUUUCCCUGGCUCCCUUUACUAGUUAAAUAGACUUUGUAUACCACCUAACCAGCCCUUGUGUGUUUAUCCUAAUUGUGCAUGACCAUAACCUUUUGCUUAUACCUUACUGUAUGUAAUAGGCAGCUGUUAACUUCACCACCAGAAACCAAGAUUUUUCAUCUUACAUUACCAGGAAACCAUAUUAAGGGAAAUGAAAAAAGCAAAUCACAAUGCCGUACAUAAUUCUUUCCAUCUUUAAGGUUAGAUACAAGCAAAACAAUGCUGAAUGAGUCACAGUGCCCCUUGGGAAGCAGUAGUUUGCAUUGGGAGAGAGAGGGGAGAGAGCUGGUCAGGUUACCACCCUGAAUUGAGCUCCAGCGCCAGUUUUUGUGCAGAUUUUGCCCUGCCCCUAUCCUAGUAGCUUUUGAGUGUCUUUCAAGCAGUAUUCAAGCCUAGAACUGCACAUGUGUUCUGUGAAGCCAGGUAGAGUUCCCAGCCACUGCAGUUUGGAAUUUGGUGAUAAACUCCUGGGGUACGUUUCUCCUUGACGGUGGAAAGGCAGCAACCUUUAACAUAUGGUUGCAAAUCUCCCUCCAUGCAAACCAUCCCAUGUAGCCCACAGGAGAGGCAGCAAAGGGACACCUGGGGGACCUGUGUGCAGGCAACAAAGCUGGUUAGGAUUCAAAAGGAACACAUAUUGGUACUAGGUUCAAAGCUGGUUAGGAUACAAAAUGAACCCAUACUGAUAAGCGGCCAGAGUUAUUUUGGGCCUGGUUUGCUGCUCUCUGUUUCCUGUCACCAAAGUCCUGUUUUUCAGUCUCAGUGUUUUGUAAGUUAAUUUAGAGAAAAUGCUGGGUCACUCUCUUGGCCUGACUGAGGCGACUCAAACAGCCAAACAAGAUUUUUGUUAUAUCCCACCCCUCCUGCGUCCACCUGGUUUUGUUCUUUCUGGGUGGGGAUUUGUUCUUGCAGCUUCUCACAGGCUCCAUCACUGGCC